AUGAAUCCCAUCACAGUGGUAGAGGAUUAUGCCUUCAUGGAUGCUGAGAUCUUGAAUCUAUACCUGAGGAAAUGUAAACAAUUAACAGAGAUCCAGCCUGAUGCCUUCAGUGGCAGCAAGAAACUCAAGAAAUUGGACCUGUCAUCCACUGCGAUCAAUGUGCUACCAACAGCCGGUCUGACAGACUUGAAUGAGAUCAUACUUGAGGAGGUUGCAACGUUACGCAAGCUUCCUCCAGCCUUGAAGUUCCCAAGUAUACAGAAAGCAAAGGUACAUUACAAACACCACUGCUGUGCUUUCUGGAACCCUGACAAACAAGAACCUGCAGAAUGGAAGAUCUUUGUGCAAAAGGUGCAGGAAGAUUGUAAGAGUAGCUUGGGCCCACCCACCCCUACACAAGCUAUGAUCACACGUUAUAGUAAUGAACUGAAAUCUCUUCAAGGAUACCAUACCACAGUGAAGCGAGGGGCUAAAAGAAGAGCGAGGCCAAAGCGCUUCUUCUCCCAAAGAAUCCUGGACUUUGGACCUAGCAAAUCUAUUUUUAAUGAUAAUAGCAGUAUUGGGGAUAUAGGCAUAGAAGCUAAUUUUGGCAGCUUUGGGGGUCCUAGUACAAGUGAGAAAAGCAAUAUAAGUGGUGAUAUGGAUGGAGGUGGUGGUUUUGGUCAUUUUGGCCCUGGAGACAGUGAUGGAGACAGUGAAUCUGAUUCCUAUAAGCAGCUAGCUGAUAGGUGGGGAACUCCAAUACCUGAAAAUGUUACUCAUAAAUCAACACACUUGUGCGGUGACCCUGUUAAGAUAUUCCAUGAAAUGGAAUGCAGCCCAGAACCUGAUGAUUUCAACCCAUGUGAAGAUGUGAUGGGUUUUGUGUGGCUCAGGGUGUUUGUGUGGAUUAUUGCCUUGGCAGCAGUCAUUGGCAACAUCGUGGUAUUUAGUGUUACCCUAGCUACACUGUUCAACAAGCAGAAAUUGACAGUCUCAAAAUUCUUGAUGUGUAACUUAGCAUUUGCUGAUAUUGUACUAGGGAUUUAUUUGUUGAUUCUAGCCUCAGUUGAUGCAAUGACCCUUGGGGAGUACUUCAACUUUGCCAUCCAGUGGCAAUAUGAGGGAGGUUGCCAGGUUGCUGGCUUUCUUACUAUUUUUGCAAGUCAGUUGUCCAUUUACACGUUAACUGUCAUGACGAUAGAGCGCUGGUACGCUAUUAAACAUGCCAUUCACCUCACUAAACGUAUACGACUCCGUCAAGCCACCUUGAUUAUGUCAUUUGGCUGGCUGUUUGCUAUUUUCAUGGCAAUGCUACCUUUAGUGAACAUUAGCAGUUACAGUCAAACGAGCACGUGCCUCCCCUUUCGUAUUGAAAAUGGAGGGGAUCUUGCAUAUGUCAUGUCCCUUCUGGUUAUGAAUGCAUUAGCCUUUAUCACCAUCAGCUUUUGUUAUAUCAACAUCUUCAUUCAAGUGAGGUCCAAUCAAGAUGGGACCAAUCGCAACAAUGAUGCCACCAUUGCUAAACGUAUGUCCAUUCUCAUAUUCACAGACUUUGCAUGUUUCGCUCCAAUCGCAUUCUUUGCUAUAACUGCAGCGCUGGGAUCUCCUCUUAUUAACGUCACCAAAUCAAAGGUACUUUUGGUGUUCUUUUAUCCCUUAAAUAGCUGUGCCAACCCUUUCCUGUACGCAAUAUUUACCAAACAGUUCAGAAAGGAUUUCUUUAAUAUAUUAAACAGACGAGGCUUGUGCCAGAAGUACACCCUCAAAUACAGAUCAGAGUAUUAUAGUAGAGGAGAUUCAAUCAGUGAAGCACAGAAUCGUCGACUUGCAGUGCAUAUGAAUAAUCGAAACCAAUCAGAGGGCUCAGUGAAAACAUGCUACACUGAUUGCCGUUCAACAGACAAUUCUUUAAACUCACAAAAGGGAAUUCUGCCACAUAUUUCACCAAAGACACCUUAUAACAAAUCAUUAAAUACAUCACCCAAAUCAGCAGUCAAGGUGGCUGCCCCAUCUUUAUCAAAUGGAACUACUGGCCACCAAAAUGGUGGUAUUGUGAAGGACAGGAAACUGAGUGUGGUUCCUGAGACUAGUCAAAAUUCUCAAGAAUAUGAUCAGGAAGACACAAGUGCCAAUAUAUGUUCAAAAUCUGAGCAGGACACAUUGCUGCAGAAAACUUAUCCUAACCAUAAUAUAACCUCAAAUAAAGAUGUAACCUCAAAUAACGAUGUGACCUCAAAUAAUGUAACCUCACAUUACUCCUUUGAUUCAAAUGCCCCAUCUAUUCCCAAUCAUCGCAAAGAUAGUGGUAUCACAAGUGUAAGCUCGUCAAGUAACUCAACAGCGAUUACAAAUCUUACAGACAUAUGUAAUGGUGGUCUCAUAGGAAAAGACAUCAACCUUGGUGAAUCUGUCAUUCCUGAAACAGAUGAGGACAGACUUACAUCUAGUAAUGAAGACAUGUUUUUGGAGACACCUUUUGGAAGAUCGGUCUCAGAAGUUAUGAACAUUGAACAGUAUAAACUAAAAGCUACUCCGCGCAAAUGCAAUCGUGAAAGUGGGUUUCACUCAACCAGUUCUGAAUCUAGUUCUACCUCAUUACAUGAUAUUGACCAAUUAGAUCCACUGAUAAACAACUUUGACCAAUCAAAUUCACUGAUAGAUGAUCGUAAGCAAAGUUUAGAAAGUGGCUUUGUAUCCCCCUAUGCCACCAGCCAGCAUAAUAAGCUCAUGUGUAAUUUCCAACCAGAAGAGGAAAUCUGGCAGCUAAGAGAAAUUGACCUGGUUAACUUGGACACUUUAAAUGAAACACAGUGCUAGGAUAGAACAUAUGAGUUGAGCCAUGGGAAAACCAUCCUCCUAAGCAGGUAUCCAAAAUCCGUACCUCCUUCCCCCCUGCUAUAACCAAUUUGGAAGCGCCUGAUUGCAUAAAAACUGAAUCACGUGAUCUAAUUAUGCGCAAUGACUUAUACAUGAUUUCUGUCGCAGUGUUGCGACAGCCAAUCAGAUUGUGAGUUCUUAAUCGGGGAAAUGCUAACUGCUUAUCGCAGGGGGUAAAAAGAAAGAAUAUAUUCUGGAUUUUGAAGCCCUGUGAUCGGAGGAUGUGGGAAAACUAAUCUCAUUAAUAUAUUGAAUACAGUAUCAAACUGAUACUUAAUCCAAUGAUGUAAUAGAUUAUUUAAAAAAAGAUAGGUCAUAUAUGAACUGUGGCUUAACUGAUAGGUUGGUGUCUUACACAAGUUGUGAGUUUAGAGUUGUGGAUAUUAAAGACUUGUAUGUUGAAAAGUUUUAAUGUAGCUUUUUUGGGGUUCCCUGAUUCUUCAAACACCUUCAUGACUAUAUUCCAUGCAUAUGUGAAUAUUUGCCUCAUGGUUUGAUUACGAUUACAAUUAGGUUAGGUUACGAUUAAUUAGAUUCAAUUUUUAUUUCAAAUGAAUAUAUUCAUACUAUUUAUUAUCAAAUAUUUGACUUAUGGAGGUAGUGAACUGCAACAGAACAUAAUCAUGUUAAAAUAACGAGAAUUAGAUGAAUAUAUAAGAUAACAAUGGCAUGUGGUAAUAGAUGAUGCUCCACACCAUUUGCUUCAACACAAACUCUAUUAGUACUUUGAUGAAUUAGGGGACCCUUAGGAGCUUACAAGGAAAUCGGGAACUUCAUUAAAUAGUUAUAACACAUGAUCAUAUUGAUCUCAUACAUGUUACAGUGGUUAAAUAUACAAACCUGUCUGUCAUAUGAAGUCUCUCAUAAUUGGAUGUACUUCAAAUAAGUAGUAUAUAACUAAUAUGCUCCCAACAGCAUUAGAAAUACCCCAUGUAAAUAUCUGUAUAUGUAACUUAACUGUAAAUAUGGAAUAUUCCUGCCAUAUGAGGCAAUGCAACUGUAAUAUAUCAUGUACAAGUCAGGUUAGCCGAUUUAAUUGAAAUGUUCUCAGAUUUGAAACGUGCAUUUGAAAAUGCAUUUGACUCUCAAGUUUUAUGAUACUAAGUCAUUUUAGUCGGCACUUAACGAGCCAGUUUAGCAGCAUUAUUGUACUCUUAAUUUACAAUGAGAAAUUUUUGAUUACACAUUAUUAACAAUUUUAAGAUUCUUAAAUACAUGCAUAUGUAUAAACUCAACUAGGAAUUCUUGGCAGUUACUCUAGCUCAGUGUUUAGUGUUGUAUUGAGGGAUUUGGAUAUAUCCCAUUUCUAAUCUGAUCAAAGGAUAGCCUUUUUAUCCAUUGAUUAGAGAGUUGUAUCUCAUAAAAGGGUUUAGGGGAGAUAACAUUCAGGAAUAAAUGGCAUAUUUUAGGAGCAGAUGGGAUAUUUUCCUUAUGUACUGCUCAAACCAUAGAGAGGAUGGAUAUUAUAUAUAUCUAACCAUCUCCAUACAUGGAAUUUAAAGUUUCUAUUUCAUUAUUUAACAGUUCACUGGUUAAUCAAAUGCUAAUUAGAAUUUAAAAGCUCUGGGAUAGUAUAAGAAAAUUAAAAUAGAUCUUGUUUCUUUGAGUCAAAAAUUAUAUUUUAGAAGAUGAUGUUAUCCCCCAACCACUUCAAGUAUGAGAGACAUGAGAUUCCAGGGGAAAUAUAAAUAUCUACCCUUGUACAUUUGAAGAAACAUAUAUUUCCCCCGGGAUAAACCCUGUUUCCAAAACCUCACAUUACACAGCCAUUAUAUAUUCAGGAUGGAAGAUUGCAUAUUUAGGAAUGUGAUUGAAAACAAGCUUUAAUCUGUUUUAUAAUAUAUUGGGACAAGCUCUUGUUUAUGUUCUCAUAUCCACCUGUUAUCAAAAUAGAUACCAGGAAUAUCCUGUCACAUUUAAAACACUUUCAAGUCAUUGCAGGAUAAAAACGGGUAUGAGUUUUUAGUUGUUAUUAGUUGAUGCUUAAAUAAGUACCUUCUAUCAAAGCAUGUGCAAUUCAGACAGAAUUCUGCAAAGGACAACAUCUGAAUAGAUGUUUUGUAUGUAAACUGAAGUCAUUCCAAUAGUACAUUCUAGUUAUAUGUUUUCCAGCAUCAUAAAUGCAAUAAAUGUAUUAAUGAAAUGAACAGUGAUGAAUAAAACCUGACUUACAUUGAG